AUGUCCCAUGACGAAAACGCAUUCAACGUCACUGGCUUCCCGUUUAUGGAAGUCUCAACAAACCAUCCCUAUGGCCCAACAUACAACCCGCUACCUCCGGAGAUAUGUUCGGAAGUAUGUAUCCAUCCGAGCAUUCCACAAUCGGAAAGAUGGUUAACAGGAUGCCUGUCUUCAACAGUCACUCCUUCUCCCUGGCCAAGUUCAAGGUAUCGAAAAAUAAGACCUCGGCCGGCACGAACGUCGCCUGCACCGGGAAGCAAGAAUGAAGACAUCCAGCUAGACCAGAGGCCCACUAAAAAGGCACGUCGAACGCAAUAUCGGGUUACUGGCACUAUCAACCAACCAGCCCGGCGUAAUCAAACGAGGUAUGCAUGGCCCGUUCCCCCAACAUUAUUCACAUUGGCUAACUAG